GGGGGAUCUAAGACAGACUGGUUGUUGGCCAUGAAGCUUAACAUCUCCUUCCCAGCCACUGGCUGCCAAAAGCUCAUCGAAGUGGAGGAUGAGCGCAAGCUGCGUACCUUCUAUGAGAAGCGCAUGGCUACAGAGGUUGCUGCAGAUCCCUUGGGUGAUGAGUGGAAGGGAUAUGUCGUUCGCAUCAGCGGUGGAAAUGAUAAGCAAGGCUUUCCCAUGAAACAGGGAGUGCUAACUCAUGGCCGUGUUCGUCUUCUGUUGAGCAAGGGUCAUUCCUGUUAUCGCCCCAGGAGGACUGGUGAACGCAAGCGCAAGUCUGUUCGUGGGUGUAUUGUGGAUGCUAACCUGAGUGUCCUGAACUUGGUUAUUGUUAGGAAAGGCGAGAAGGAUAUUCCUGGACUUACAGACAACACUGUUCCUCGUCGCCUGGGUCCCAAAAGAGCCAGCAGAAUCCGCAAACUGUUCAACUUGUCAAAAGAAGAUGAUGUGCGUCAAUAUGUAGUGAGGAAGCCUCUGGCUAAGGAGGGGAAGAAGCCCAGGACCAAGGCCCCUAAAAUCCAGCGUCUAGUGACCCCGAGAGUUCUGCAGCACAAGCGCAGACGUAUUGCUUUGAAGAAGCAGCGCACUCAGAAGAAUAAGGAAGAGGCAUCAGAGUAUGCUAAACUUCUGGCUAAGAGAACAAAGGAAGCCAAGGAAAAACGCCAGGAGCAAAUUGCCAAGAGGCGCAGACUGUCUUCUUUGAGAGCCUCCACAUCCAAAUCUGAAUCGAGUCAGAAAUAAAACUCCAUCAUGUAAAAAUAAAUACAUUUUGUUGUAAACUUA